AUGACUAGGUUUUCGGAUGAAGAAUUCGAUCAGCGCAUCCUGGAGUUCGCCUUGCUGGUGGUGGCCAACGCUCUCAUGUCCUGCGCGAUGAGCAUCGCAAUUCAGAGCCUCCAGACCAGAAUGUCAGCCAACAUGUCCGUGAAGCUCUUUGGAGCACUGCUGCGACAGGAUGUGGCCUUCUACGACAAUGCGAUGACUGGCCAACUGAGCUCGCGCCUGAACAAUGACAUGCGGCAGGCCUUGUCACCCGUAAGCAUCAUCAUGAAUUCUUUUGUGGCCAACAUCGUCAUGCUCGCCGUGGGCUUCGGCAUCUGCCUUCAGUCGUCCUGGAGGCUCACGGUGCUCGCAUUCACCGUGCUCACGCCGGUAGUUCACAUCUCCGCCGAGUUUAGCCAGUGGGCCUCGAAGCUGAUGAUGUCCCAGUGGACCUACAUGGCUGAUGCAUCAGGCGCUGCGACACAGGCUCUCACAAACAUCCGCACGGUCCGAAUGUUUGGAGCACGGGACAUCGAGAUGGAGAAAUACGCAGGGCACAUCAACAAGUCGAAGGAUGUAGGCCUUCUAUCAGCAUGGGGACAGGGUGCAGCCGGGCUGAUUGCGGCGCUGGUCCAGCAGGGCGCCUCUUUCAUCAUCCUGUUCUACGGCGGGCACCUGGCCCUGAAGCACGAAUUCGAGGUCGGCUCCAUCAUCACCUUCACCGUCCUCUGGAAUCGGCUCAGUUCUGCCUUCACAUCUUUGAAUGAGAACAUCAACCAGCCGGUGAAGGCCGUCAGUGCCGGGCAGCGAGUCUUUGAGAUCCUGGACCUGGAGCCAGACAUUCCGGAGGAGGAAGGCGAGGCUUUCCCUGAGGAGUCGAAGCAGGUGGGCAUCCGUUUCGAGAACGUGGAGUACGCGUACCUGUCAAGACCGGACAAGAAGGUCCUGGCUGGUGUGACCCUGGAUAUACGAGCGGGAAAGACAACAGCAGUUGUCGGCAAGAGUGGGUGUGGAAAGUCCACCCUAAGCAAGCUGGUGCUACGUUUCUAUGAUCCGCAGGGCGGCGCGGUUUUCCUGAAUGCCACGGAACUGCAACGCAUGCACCUCCUGCAGUACCGCAAUAAAGUUGGUGUGGUGUCGCAGGACACACAGCUUUUCCGGAUGACGGUGACAGAGAACAUCACAUAUGGUCUCCGAGCGACGGAGUACACCAUGGAGGAUGUGGAGCGAGCAGCCAAGCUUGCAAACGCGGACGAGUUCAUCCGGGCACUGCCCGAAGG